GUUCAGCUUUGAUCUAAACAGUGUUGACUAAGAAUGUUGUUUAAUUGAAUUACUUGUUAUUGUAGUAUCAGAUAUUAAACUAUAGAAUGAUUAAAGUCAAAGUCAUCUUUGAUAUUCAUUUUUAAAAAAUAUUGCAAGGACGUUACCGAAUUUAUUGAUAUUUCUAAGUGUAGUUUAAGGUACAAUGAAAGAUACAACCAACGAAUAUAGCGUUGAGACAACUAUGAACUACAAAUGGAAGAAACUAGCAGCAGUGCAGGCAGCUGUAUUAUUAGGCGUUUUCUGUCAGUUUUUUGGAUUUGGGUCUGUGGCAUGUAAUAGGCCACCAGGCGCUCACGCAGGUCACGCGUAUUUUGAACAGCCCUGCUGUGGAAGAAGCCAUCUCAGACAUCACAAAGAGCAUGUUUAUGAGUUCAAUUGCGGCACACAGUAUUACCGGACUCUCUAUCUAGAUAGCAUGCGAGAUGUUUUGUAUGUUGGAGCCAUGGAUAAGAUUUUCAAACUGAUUUUGAGUAAUAUAAGUCACUCAAAUUGCGAGAGGGAUGCUUUAAAUUUGGAACCAAGUAAUGUCGCUAACUGCGUAUCAAAAGGCAAAUCGGAGCACUUCGACUGCAGGAAUCAUAUAAGGGUAAUUCAGCCAAUGGAGAGUGGUAACAGACUUUAUCUCUGCGGUACAAAUGCUCACUCGCCUAAAGAUUGGGUGAUUUAUAACAACUUGACUCACUUGUCGCGGCACGAGUUUGUACCCGGAGUAGGAAUGGGCAUUGCGAAGUGUCCUUACGAUCCCAUGGAUAACUCAACAGCGGUUUGGGUGGAAAAAGGUAAUCCUGGAGAGUUACCAGCUCUCUACUCAGGUACUAACGCUGAGUUUACAAAAGCCGACACUGUUAUUUUUCGCACGGAUCUUUUGAACUUUACUACUGGACGCAAAGCCUACAGCUUUAAAAGAACACUAAAAUAUGACUCCAAGUGGCUGGAUAAGCCAAACUUCGUAGGUUCAUUUGAUAUUGGUGAGCAUGUAUUCUUCUUCUUCCGUGAAACAGCUGUAGAGUAUAUAAACUGUGGCAAAAGCGUAUAUUCUCGAGUCGCUCGUGUCUGUAAAAGAGACACAGGAGGUAAAAAUAUUCUCUCACAAAAUUGGGCAACAUACCUAAAAGCACGUCUCAAUUGCUCUAUACCUGGCGAGUUCCCGUUCUAUUUCAACGAAAUACAGAGCAUCUACAAGGUACCCGAGGACAAUACGCACUUUUAUGGAACUUUUACCACAUCGACAAACGGGCUUAUGGGAUCAGCUAUCUGCUCAUUUCACAUAGAAGCAAUUCAAGAGGCAUUCCGUGGCAAAUUUAAGGAACAAGCAAGCUCCAGCAGUGCUUGGUUACCGGUACUGUCGAACAAGGUACCCGAACCAAGACCUGGUCAGUGUGUCAACGAUACUGAAACUUUGCCCGACAAUGUUCUUAACUUCAUUCGCUCGCAUCCGCUCAUGGACUCGGCAGUCAGUCAUGAGAAUGACAAGCCCGUAUUCUACCAGCGUGAUCUUGUGCUCAGCAAGCUUGUAGUCGACAGAUUGCGUAUUGAUUUUCUUGGCAUGGAUAUUGACUAUACAGUUUAUUACGCAGGAUCAAAUGACGGCCGUGUGUACAAGAUCGUCCAGUGGCUCGAGUCUGAAGGUGAGUCACGCUCAAUCUUAUUGGAUGUAUUCGAAGUAACAACAGGUGAGCCCAUUCAAGCCAUGGAAAUAUCACACGAACAUAAAGCUAUUUAUGUAGCUAGCGACCACAGAAUAAAACAAAUUGAUUUAGUUAUGUGUGCACACCGCUACGAUAAUUGUCUUAGAUGUGUACGCGAUCCAUACUGUGGCUGGGAUAAAGAUGCCAACACAUGUAAACCUUAUUCUCCAGGGUUACUACAGGAUGUGUCCAACAGUACAGCUGAUGCGUGUGACAAUAGCGUGGGCAAACGAAAGCUAGUAGUUACAUGGGGUCAAUCAGUGCACCUUGGUUGCUUCGUCAAGAUGCCUGAAGUACUUUCUGAUCAGACAGUUAAAUGGUAUCAUUACAGCAAAGAGAAAGGUCGAUAUCAAAUUGCUUAUAAAUAUGGCCCUCAACCAGAAAAAUUUAUCGAGACCUCUGAGAAGGGUCUGGUUAUCGUUGGAGUCAACGAACAAGAUGCGGGCAGAUAUGAUUGUUGGCUCGCUGGCUCUCUUCUUUGUUCUUACAAUAUUACUGUGGAUGCUCAUCGAUGCUCUGCACCUGCCAAAUCGAAUGACUACCAAAAAAUCUACUCUGAUUGGUGUCACGAGUUUGAGAAAUAUAAAUCAGCAAUGAAGACUUGGGAAAAAAAACAAGCGCAAUGUGACGCCUCUAAGCAAAAUGAUAGUAAUCAGAAUUUACACACUAAUGAAGUUUAUGGCACGCCUCUGGUCUGAUGGAAACCAUUACGUCUAAUCCCAAAACUCUGGAACUCUACACUCUAAUCUAGUUUUUACUGCGUCUAGCUCCAUUCCAUCUUGAUUAAUCAAAUUUUAUAAAGGUGGCAGAUGUCAAAAGCGGAAAAUCGAUCUUGGACAAACUAUUUAACUAGCCACCAUCACAGUAUUUUUAAACAAUCUCUCUGAUUUCACUUUACUCUUUUUUUUCAACCUUUUUCACAGAAUUUUUUUCCUAUUCUUUUAUCUUACCUUGUUGUAUAUCAUUUCUGGCACAUAUAUAAACGAUUUCAUAAAACCACUAACUUUUUAGAAACUGCGGUGACAUAAGUUCAAAAGUAUAUUUCGUAUUCCUGCAAUGACAUAUUCCUAAUGAAAUGUAGACUACUAAGUUGUAUAAAUAUAAUAAUGAUCUAAAUGUUUGUGGUAUGGAUAUUAAAAUACUUGUUUUUAAUAUAUAGCUAAGUGUCUUUGUUAGAGCUUCUUUUCAAGAUUCAUAGAAUAUUAAUAAAAAUAAGUUUUUUUCUAUCAGUUCUUUGGUACAUUCAAUCUUGUAAAAGUAACGUUUUAAGUCUUGAUCGGUAGAUGUGAUUUUUUAUUAAGAGAACCAGCUGGUAUUAAAUUGUGAAAAUUAUAAGCUUCGUUUACUGUCGUAAAAAAAACCUCAUAUUAAAGUUAUUAUGAAAAUGUUUCCUUUUAUUUUCUUUUUCGAGUCUUACAUUUUUAUAUAAAGUGGCUUGCAAGACCCUAUAACACCUUAAUUUUUGAAACAGUUAGUUAUAGAUCUUAAUAUUAUUAUCUAUUAAAUAUGUUUGUAA